UGCCUCCCUCUUGGUGACGAUGGGCGGAGGCGCGCAGUCCGCCGCUGCCAGCCGUGAGUCCGAGUGGAGCUUCGUCAAAGGAGCGUGCGUCUACCGCCACCUGCUAUUUCCCAACGGAGCCAACUUCACGUUCCGCAACCCCUGCGAGAUGGUCAUCUGCGACGCACGCAAUCGCAUGGUCUACUUUAAGCGGUGCCCCGCGGUGAACUGCCCGCACUGCGGCAGCUUGUGCCACUUCGUCUCCCUCAAGGGCUCUUACCCGCACUGCUGCCAGCAGGUCGUCUGCGACAGGGAUCACGCCUUCACCCUGACCUGACCGGCAAGCCUCCUCUCCAGGAGCACCGCCGGCGUGGUGACGCGUGCACAGACUGGCCACUCGGGGCUCCUCCGCAGCGCCAACAUCGCUUUCGCACAACAAACGGGCGGUGGAGGCAGGAAGCCCACGAUGGUCUCCGUACUGUUGUUGUAGUUAAUUUUUGCCCAUUGGGCUGAAACAUUCUCCGUGUAUAGUUUUGAAUAUUAACUCUUCUGAAAAAAAAGGAAAAAUAAGGAAGAAAGUAAAAAGAGUUGUUGUC